UACCAAUAUGGCGGCGCCCAGGAGCGGCUGAGGCGUGAAGCGGAGGAUGGCGCUGGCUACGCUGGCUGCGCUGGCGGUGAGGGCGCGACUCGGGCGCCUGCUGAGCGGGCCGGGACGAGGGCACUGGACGGCGGCCGGGCGCUCCCGGAGCCGGCGCGAGGCGGCGGAGGCCGAGGCUGACGCGCCCGUGUUCCAGUACGUGGGCGAGCGCGCGGCCCGCGCAGACCGCAUCUUCGUGUGGGGCUUUAGCUUCUCGGGGGCGCUGGGCGUGCCCACCUUCGUGCUGCCCAGCUCCAGGCCCCAGUCCCGCCCCGGCUCGCGGCCGCGCCGCAGGAUCCAGCCUGUGCCCUACCGCCUGGAACUGGACCAAAAGAUUUCAUCUGCAGCCUGUGGCUAUGGAUUCACAUUGCUGUCCUCUAAAACCAAGGAUGUUACGAAAGUUUGGGGAAUGGGUCUCAACAAAGAUUCUCAGCUUGGAUUUCACAGGAGCCGGAAAGAUAAAACAAGGGGCUAUGAGUAUGUUUUGGAGCCCUCACCCGUCCCACUGCCGCUGGACAGACCUCAGGAGACACGGGUGCUGCAGGUCUCCUGCGGCAGAGCCCACUCUCUCGUCCUGACAGACAGCGAAGGAGUCUUCAGCAUGGGAAACAAUUCUUAUGGACAGUGUGGACGAAAGGUGGUCGAAAAUGAGAUUUACGGCGAGAGUCACAAAGUCCAUAGGAUGCAGGACUUCGAUGGACGGGUGGUCCAGGUCGCCUGUGGUCAGGACCAUAGUCUGUUCCUGACGGAUAAAGGAGAAGUGUAUUCUUGUGGAUGGGGCGCCGAUGGGCAAACAGGUCUAGGUCACUACAGUAUCACCAGCACACCCAUCAAGCUGGGUGGAGACCUUGCUGGUGUGAACGUUGUCCAGGUGGCCACCUACGGCGACUGCUGCCUGGCUGUGUCGGCUGAUGGCGGCCUCUUCGGUUGGGGAAACUCUGAGUACCUGCAGCUGGCUUCUGUCACUGACUCCACACAGGUGAAUGUCCCCCGGUGCUUGCCCUUCUCAGGAGUGGGGCAGGUGAAGCAAGCUGCGUGUGGGGGUACAGGCUGUGCUGUCUUAAAUGGAGAAGGACAUGUUUUCGUCUGGGGCUAUGGAAUUCUUGGGAAAGGACCAAACCUAGUGGAAACGGCUCUUCCAGAAAUGAUUCCACCCACUCUCUUUGGCUUGACGGAGUUCAACCCAGAAGUCCGGGUUUCCCGCAUUCGCUGUGGACUCAGCCACUUUGCUGCCUUGACCAACAGAGGAGAGCUGUUUGUGUGGGGCAAGAACAUCCGGGGGUGCCUGGGAAUCGGUCGCCUGGAGGACCAGUACUUCCCGUGGAGGGUGACGAUGCCGGGGGAGCCUGUGGACGUGGCGUGUGGUGUGGAUCACAUGGUGACUCUGGCCAGGUCAUUCACCUGAACCUCCUCCCUGACCCGCUUGAGCCCAGCUCCGGCCUCAGGACCACUUGGACUGCUUAGCAGAGGUAGUUGCCAGGGCUCUGGAUGGUAGCCGAGAGGGUCAGGGCCCUGCGUGUGGUGGGACGCUCUCCUGCAGCCUGGAGUGGCAGGAACGGCAGUCCUGGGAUGUGGUCCCCUCUCCCCUGGAGGGCGAGCCAUGCUGCCCGCACUGGGCCGAGGCCCGGGGCUGCGUGGCCCUGGCAGGGCGGGGGUGAUUCGUUCACCUCGGCUGUCUCUGGGAACACAGGGCUGCUUCUGGUGUCCUGUCUGGGAACACAGGGCUGCUUCUGGUGUCCCGUCUGGUCUUAGGAAAGCUUAGCUCUGACAGAGGCCAUUUCGUUGUGUCUUAAAAGGUGGCCUGGCAGUGUUGAGGGCUCAGGAGAGCUCCUGCAGCCCUUGGGCACAGCAGCGCUCCCGGCUGGUGUCUGGGCAGCUGUGCUGGGCAUUGGGUGGGCCCUGCCUGACUGAGGGAGCCGGCUGGCAACUGCCAGGGUUCCUUCAGGCCCCUGCCCCUCAGCCGUUUCUGGUCGGCGCCCCCAGCCCGCUUGCUGCCCGGACACCAGCCAGAAUCCCCUGGACCCAGGUUCUCUCUGGAAGUGCCAGUGGGCGCCAGCCUGGUACCCUGUGGGCCCACGGCUGUCACCGGCCUCGUGACCAUUCUUACUGCCUGGCUUAGAAGACUUGAGGGGCCCCCUCGGGAAGAAAUGCUGAAUUCUUGUGGGUCACGGACUUCAAACACACCUGCGAAAGCUUGGCUGGAGUGCCAGCCUCGGAGAAGAAAGAUUCAGAAAUGGUGGAAAACAUUCAUGUAACUUGUCUCUUUCUUUAAAAACAUCUUUUAAAAGUCUCUUUUGGAAUAAAGUCUAUUUUUUGCCUUUUUACUUUUAAGAA